AAGUAAGAUUAGAAAGAAAAUAAUUUCAGUUUGCACGCGUAAAGAGACGCACGCGCACGUCUUUAAAAUGCUGUUCUCAGUAUUUCUGACGUUCGCUUUUGUGUUUGGCACUUCAUAUUCUAGUCUAGUUGACGAUCCUGUAUCUCAACGUCUAGAUUCUUUAGUAGAAUCUACUCGACCUACAUGUGAAUCCAAUGUAAUUAAUAAUAAUUUAAUAAACAAUGAAGAAAUAAAAAAUAUUUCUGAAUUCAUCGAUAACAUACAAGAAGCUGAUGCUAUUUUGGGAACUCUUGAGGUUGAUAAAGAAGCACUGAAAGUUUCACCUAAUGAUGAGUUAACAAAAUUGGUCAAUUUCCCAUCUUUAAAUGCUGCUGUGUCCAAUAUCAAGGACGCAGAGUGUAGGGAACAAGGAUUGAAGGCUCUGAUAGGUCUGCUUCUGAGAAAACCAUGGGCUUUGCAGAUGUAUGACGCUUCAGCGAAUUCUUUUCAAGUGUUGUCCUCCAAUUUCUCAUACGACCUUGGGAAUUUCGACGGAUGUCUCAAUAUAGCUGAUAGCCCUGACAAUGGACUGCCUAUUGAGACGCAGUACUGCCUUGCUUCAAUCACCUUGAAUGACGCUGAAGAGAAAAAGGUUAGAACAGGCCGUGAUGACUUAAUUCGCUGGGCGAUCUGUGUCCCAAGUGUCUGUCAAGCUGAAGAUGUCCAAGCCUUCAUUGCUGAAGUAUUGUCCCGAACUUCUGUGGGAAAUUCCACUACAGUGCAGCUGACUGACCGAAACUGCUCAUCGAAGCGACCAUGGACUGUCAAUAAUCUAGACACCGCUUUUUUGAUUUUCUGUGUACUAUUAGGUGCAAUGCUCAUUCUGGGCACCUUAUACGAUUUGAUGACAUGUGGCAAGAAAAACGGAACAAUAGGUCAUGAUUUAAUGGUAUCCUUUUCAUUGAUCAGUAACUUUAAGAAGAUUAUGUCUACUAAAGCAAAUGAUAGUAUGGGACUCCAUUGGGUCAGUGGUCUGAAGAGCCUUUCUAUGUUUGUGACCGUGGCAGGACAUGCACUCUUGUUCAUCAGCAGUGGCCCCGUGGAAAAUCCUGAAGUAUGGGAUGAGUUUCUCCGCAAACCAAUAAGCUCAAUACCACUCAGCAAUCACUUGCUCGUAGACACGUUUCUCUUCUUGAGUGCCUUUCUGUUCUCUUACCUUCUGUUGGAUGAAUUGGAAAAGAAGCGAGGGAAAGUGAACACAACUAUCGUUUUUAUUCUACGUUAUGUUAAAAUGACUCCAUCAUACCUGAUGGUGUUGCUGUUUUACAUGACCUGGUUUCCGAAACUGGGAUCAGGUCCGCUCUGGAAGGACCGGCUUUUGUUAGAGCAGGACAGAUGCAUGCAGUCCUGGUGGGCGAACCUUCUGUACAUAAACAACUAUGUCAACACGGACACUAUGUGCAUGUUUCAAUCCUGGUACCUUGCUGUGGAUACUCAACUGGCGUUUUUCGCGCCAUUCUUUAUAUAUAGUCUGUGGCGUUGUGGUCGAGCCGCCCCUAGGAUAUUAGGUCUCACCAUCGUAGCUUCAGCCAUCAUACCUUUUGUGUACACUUAUGUCUAUCAACUGGACCCUACGCUGAUGUUUUAUGCUAAAGAAUAUAGAGACUUCGCAGGCAAUGCUUAUUUUAAAGCAGCCUACAUUAAAACAGAAUUGAGAAUUGUUACCUACGUAAUGGGUAUAGCUACAGGCUAUAUUUUACACCAAAUACGUUUGAAAAAUUAUUCUUUCUCACGAUGUGGUAAGAUAUUCGGUUGGGCCAUGACCAUAGUAUUCUCUUUAGUGACCACGUUACCAUUGACAGUAUUCUACCAAGACUGGCAUGAAUACAACGCUGUGGAGGCAGCAGCGUUCAUGUCCUUGCAUAAACUGACGUGGGGCAUCGUGAAUGGGUGGCUUAUGUUGAUGUUUACUAUGGGCGAUGGGGGUUGGACACGCUGUGUUCUAACGUGGAAAUAUUUUGUUCCAAUUUCAAAAUUAACCUUCAGUGCUUACCUGGUCAAUGUUGUCGUGGAGUUGACCUAUGUGGGUCUUGUAAGAUACCCUCUGCAUGCCACUUUUACGUCAUUGGUCACUCUUGCCUUGAGUCAUGUAUUAUAUACAUUUAUGGUUGCAUUUGUGCUCUGCAUAACAUUUGAAUCUCCUCUGCACGGUGUGCUGAAAGUUGUCUUCGCGAAAUUGCUCGGAUCCGGUAAUAGCAAGAAGAAGAAACAAGAUCAAUCGCAGGCAUCAAAUGAGAUCUCAGAAUCAAAAUCCAAAGAUGAAUAGUUUUAGUAAAGCAGAAUGAUGCAAGGUUUAUUAAUAAUAGGUACACCAAAAAUCAUCCAGGCGCGUUCACGCAUCGCGGUGCCAAGUACACAUGCUGAUGAGAUCUUAGAACACAACACGGCAAUUGGUCAAUGGCCGCCGCGCGCUUCGAUCGAACGUCGAACAGCGACCAAAAAAUAUUCAUUACGCCGUCCUGUGUUGAUCCGACCGACAUACAAAAAAGUCCAUUUGAAAACAAAACAACAAUAAAUUACAUUUCUAAUGAAAGUACCACAUUC